AUGGUGAACCGUAGCAUCUCACCUUUCCAGACGGCUCUUCACACGCCCCUUCCAAGAGGCGGGGCCUCCGGACAGGCUGGGCCAGGGCCAAGUGUGGACGUGCUCUGGACACGAGCGCUGGCCCUCCUGCGGCCCGGAGCACGUCCCGUCCUGCGGUUCAGCGGGGCUGCCCACGGGGCCGGGGCAGACGGGCACGGCCCGGCCCAGCAUGACCACGGAGCCCAGUUCUGCAGCCUCAGCCUCUCGCGCGACGGGCCACAGGCCCAAGCCGGGACCCACAGGAGGGACUCUCACAGCCAAACCCCCUGA